GAUAAUAACCAACAAUCUUUUUAGUUCCAACUUUCAACUCAACUCAACACAAAGUACAAUCUAUUCCUUCAAUUCAUCAUAAUCUCAUCUAAUCCAAUCUCAAAACUCAAAACAAACUUUCCCAGAUUUUACUCAUUUCAUCAUCAUCAUGAUGGCAUCUUCACAAAGAGUACCAAAAUUAGGAUCUUUCCGUCAUAGUUUCUUGGAAAGAAAAGAGAAACUGUUAUCAAUGAAAGGUGGUGUUGGCGGCGGCGGUUAUUCUCAAAUCGGAAUUCCAUUACUAGAAUCCGAUGACGAAGAUUUAUUUCCAGGAAAUUGGAAACGGAAGUGUUGUACUUUUAGUGGUUUUUCUAAUUGGAUCGUUGAUUUUUGUAAGAAAGUGAAGCGCGUGGCUUUAAGAGCGUGGGAAAUGGGUCAUUCUGAUCCAAGAAAGAUUAUUUUUUCUAUCAAGAUGGGUCUUGCUUUGAUUAUUAUGUCAUUGUUGAUUUUUCUUAAGCAACCUUUUCCAGAUGUUGGUAGAUAUUCUGUUUGGGCUAUUCUUACUGUUGUUGUCGUCUUCGAAUUCAGCAUAGGAGCAACACUAAGCAAAGGUCUAAACAGAGGAUUAGGGACUUUAUCAGCUGGAGGACUUGCUUUAGCAUUGGGAAUGCUAUCAAAUUUAGCUGGAGAAUGGGAAGAAAUUGUAAUAAUGGUUAGCAUCUUCGUCGCAGGAUUUUUUGCCACAUAUGCAAAACAGUACCCAACAAUGAAGGCUUAUGAAUACGGUUUCCGUGUGUUCUUGAUCACCUAUUGUUAUGUUCUUGUAUCCGGAUAUCGAACUGGAGAAUUUACUCAUACGGCUGUAAAUAGAUUUUUGCUCAUUGCUCUUGGUGCUGCUGUAUCUGUUGGUGUAAAUGUGUGCAUAUAUCCAAUCUGGGCCGGCGAGGAUCUACAUAAUCUUGUUGCGAAAAAUUUCGCGGGCGUUGCAACAUCAUUAGAAGGUGUUGUGAAUAACUACCUUAACUGUAUUGAAUACGAGAGGGUGCCUUCGAAAAUUCUUACGUACCAAGCUUCUGAUGAUGUAGUUUACAGUGGAUACAGAUCAGCUGUUGAAUCUACAAGCACAGAGGAUGCAUUGAUGAGUUUUGCUAUCUGGGAGCCACCUCAUGGUCGUUACAAGAUGUUUAGAUAUCCAUGGAAAAAUUAUGUUAAAGUAAGUGGAGCACUCAGACAUUGUGCAUUUAUGGUCAUGGCUAUGCAUGGAUGUAUACUUUCUGAAAUUCAGGCUCCAGCCGACAAGAGGCAAGUUUUCCGCAAUGAGCUUAAGAAGGUAGGUUCCGAAGCAGCUAGAGUCCUACGCGAACUAGGUAACAAAGUUAAAAACAUGGAGAAACUAGGCGAAGAAGACAUUCUUUUCGAUGUACACGAAGCAGCAGAAGAAUUACAAAUGAAGAUCGACAAAAAAUCCUUCCUUCUUGUAAAUGCAGAGCUUUGGGAAAUCGGUAACAGGCCAAGAAACGAGAAUGUUUCUCAAGACCUCUUACAAAUGGAUGAAGAAAGACAUUUCUUACAGUACAAGUCACUAAGUGAAGCUGUGCUUGAUCUAAGAUCAGUUAAUGUUCCAAAAAGUUGGGAAGAUAGUGUUGUUGCACCCGACAACAACAUUAAACCUGUGAAUGUCGUUACUGAUGAAAACAUGCUUAUGAAACAAACAUCUUGGCCUGCACAAUUUUCAUUUCAAGCUGAUUCAAUGCCAAAAGAUGAACCAUCAAAAACCUAUGAAAGUGCUAGUUCAUUAACUUUGGCAACAUUUACAUCACUUUUGAUUGAAUUUGUGGCAAGGCUACAGAACCUUGUUGAUUCUUUUGAAGAAUUAGGUGAGAAAGCAAAGUUUAAGGACCCUCUUCAGCAACAAGAACCUGUAACUUCUGGUUGGACUAGGUUGUUUAAUUGUUUCAAAUCUAAGGAUUGACAUAUACCUCUGGCGCCAAUUUGGGUGGGCUAAUUUAGCUUCUUCAAAAAAAGGAUUGACAUAUACACUUAAUACUUGUAACAUGUAUUGUGACAUGGAUAGAUCUUUAGUAAAAAAAAAAAUGUAUCAUGACAUGGAUAGAUCUAAAUGUUGGUGUCCCAAAAUCAAAAUGUGCAUUACUUAUUCUUCUGAA